GGUGCGGUUGGUUGGUGGCGCUGUUUGUCUGAUUGAGCGAUGCCAAGUCAUUAGUUGAUAUUUUGACGGUCGAGUGACAGGGUGCGUUUCGGAACGGCAACAGUUUUUUUCUGCUCCAUGCGUUUCAAAUCGUCGGUGCUUAUUUGCUAAAUUAUUUAAUUCCUUUUGUGAAGAAAUGAUUUUUUUUUUCAACUUAAAAGUUACGUAUAAAGUUACUGAGAGGAUCUCUUGUGAGUGAUUGAUAAUUGAAGUGAAUAAAGUGUGAUUUUGACUAACACACCAUAUUAAUAUAGACUGAAGUUAUUCACACAUUGGUUUAAAACUAAACUGGUACUUGGUGGCAAAAAAAAUAUAUGUAUACAAAAAAAGAAACUUCUGCAAACUAAAUUCCAUACAGUGUUUCUGAACACUUUAAAUACAGCAUCAGGAUACAUAAAUUUUCAGCAUCAAAUGCACAUUAAAUGAGUUCGUGGAACGCGUAAAAAAUUUGUUAACUGCAAUAUUAGAGUGAAGCGAGAUUGCGCGUUGGAUUCUGGAGACACUUGCCCCGAGACAAAACGCCAAGCAGUGACCGCACCCAAGCAACAGCGAGCAGCAACUCCAAGGCCUGCAAAUUAACCGAUAAACCAACGACUUUCCAGUCGCACAUUAGACGCUCCAACACCGCGCCAUACGCAGCGCGUCGCACUUUUUCAUAGCUCAACUGUGGAUGCGUGCGUGUAAAUAAAUCUCAGCGGCGACGCCAUUCCGUAAUAAACGUUAAGAAGUUUACAAAACACAAAGAAAACGAAAUUGGGAAAUAAAAUACCGAAAUAGUGAAAAAAGAAGAAGAAUAUUGUUCAGCUCUAAUUUUAUUGCGCGAGUGAUUAAAGCGUGCGAUAAGCGGCCAUUAAAAGUGUAACCAUUGGCCCGAAAUAGAAGUAGCCGGCGAGCGCUGUUGCUGCUUGUGUUGGUGGUGAGCGCGUGAGUGAUUAUACAAACGCUGGACACGCUGCUGUCAAUCAGCUGCAGCGACGCAUUGACGCAAGCCGCCGUGCGAAGACGAGGACGUGGUGGUUGUGCUGGCGCCGCAGCUGCUGGUGCUGGUGGUGUGGGCGGCAGUGGAGGCCGAAACAUUAGUCGCUGGACUGAGAUACCGCUGGGCAUAAAUACGCGAAAUAUGCCACAUACAGGACAAGCUGGCGUUAAUCAACUGGGCGGCGUUUUCGUCAAUGGCCGACCACUGCCCGAUUGUGUGCGCCGUCGCAUUGUCGAGUUGGCCCUGUGUGGCGUACGACCGUGCGACAUAUCACGGCAAUUGCUGGUCUCACAUGGUUGCGUUUCGAAAAUUUUGACGCGGUUCUAUGAAACUGGUUCCAUACGACCGGGCUCGAUUGGUGGCAGCAAAACCAAGCAAGUUGCCACGCCCACCGUGGUCAAGAAAAUCAUCCGCCUGAAGGAGGAGAAUAGCGGCAUGUUUGCUUGGGAAAUCCGCGAGCAAUUACAGCAGCAACGCAUUUGUGAUCCCUCCUCGGUGCCCUCGAUCAGCUCCAUCAAUAGAAUAUUGCGAAAUAGCGGUCUCUGGACCGAUGAGAUGACAUCAAGCCAGCAAAAUGCCGCUGCUGCUGCGGCGGCCACACAGCAAAUGUCGUCUGUUGCCUAUUCAACGCAAGCUCAUCUCUAUGCGAAUAGCGCGGCCGCCGCCGCUGCCGCUGCUGCUGGCAGUAGUAAUGCUCCCGGCUGCUCACCCACAGCCGACGGUGCUAGAGUACCCACGGCCACAUUGGUACAUCGCUCAGCUCUACCGCCUUUGGGCUCAGCCCACCAUGCGCAUGCCUCUUCCCACCUCGCUGCUAUGACCACUCAUCCGCAUGUCGGCCACACACCACAUCCGCUCAGUUUGUCCGCACAGUUCCGCUAUAGCUCGGCCGCAGCUGCUGCUGCCGCCGCUGCAGCGGUGGCCGCCAAUGAGCAUGCCAGCCGAAAUGUCAACGCAACGCAGGAGGCACGCUUAAUGGCAAACACCAGCGUUACUGGCACGAUUGGCGAUAUGCCUAUCAAACCAGCGCCCAAGCAUCCAGGCGCCGCGCAUAUGGCUGCAAUAAGCGCCGCUGGCAGUAGCAGUUCGACACUAGCACAACUCUCAGCUACAGUUACUUCGGCCGUAUCGGGUCAACUCAGCGCACAGGAUCUCACCUACACAGCAUUACACAAACACUGGCUGUGGCAUCCCUCGCUACUAUACUACUCCACGCAACACGCGCAGGCCGCCAGUCAAUUUUUACCCUACGCGCAAGCUCAAUGUCCAGCCUAUUUCCAUGCCGGCGGUAGUGGUAGCAGCAGCAGCGGUAUUGGCAGCGCUCUUAGCAUUGAGGGCACCAUCGAUUUGGUGGCACACAGCGCCAGCGAUGCGGUUAGUGACUGUGAUUCGGGUAAAUCCUCGCCAGCGACCUCGUUAAACGCGGCACCCACUGCUAGCUCGCUAAGCGGCAGAGAGUCAGCGCAGGGCAGCGUCACCAAUUGCCGCAAGCGCAAUCCCUACUCCAUUGAGGAAUUGUUGAAGAAGCCGGAGAAGCGCAUGCGCUUGCAAGGUGCCAGUCCGCGCAAGGAGGACGAAUCAAGUGGCAGCAGCGUCAGUUCGAGCGCUAGCAGCCGCAGCAGUUGUUGUGAUGACAGCUCAGAUGAGACGCGCAGUCAACAGAACGAAGCACUGGCCGCUGACGACUGCAAUGAUAAUGUAGAGGUUGUGAACUAACUUGACUAAAUGAGAUAAAGAGAGAGGGAGAGAGAGAGGGAGGAGGGGAAUAAGUGAGGCGUUAGAGUGUAAUUUAAAGUAUUUAUUGAAAUAUUAAAUGUAAUUAAAUCAAAGACAAACUGUAAUAUAAUUAAAUUAAAUGUGUAAAUGAACUCAAUUGUGUAUCGUAAAGAUGGUAUUGAAAUGAAAGAGCGCUAUAUAGUUAAAUUAGCUGUGUAGUUAAACGCUUAUUUGUGCUUAACAUUGUGAAUGGAU